AUAUUUAACAUAGCAUCUAGCUUGGUGUUUUGGGCGGAGGCUUUUCUUCAAUUUAUUUUAUGUUUUUAUGUUUUUUUCUUUCUGUUGUUUUCAUUCAAUUAAUUAAAAACAAUCAAAAUGAACACUCAAAAUAUAACAUUCUGUGUUUUACUAUCUAUCUUCUGUUUAAUUCAAACAGGUUUGGCCAUAAAAUGUUGGGAUUGUCGCUCUGACAACGAUCCCAAAUGCGGUGAUCCCUUUGACAAUCGAACACUCGCAAUCACAGAUUGUUCACAAGAAAGAGAAUUGCCACAUUUGCCAGGUGUAGCGGCGACAAUGUGUCGUAAAAUUCGACAAAAAGUCGGUGGCGAAUGGAGAUAUUUUAGAAGUUGUGCGUACAUGGGAGAACCUGGAAUCGAAGGUGACGAACGGUUUUGUUUGAUGCGCACUGGAACGUACAACAUUUUCAUGGAAUAUUGCACUUGUAAUAGCAAAGACGGUUGCAAUUCGUCGGGCUUCCUUUCGCCCAAUAAAAUUGCUGUGGCGAUUACAUCGGGAUUUGUUUGUCUCGUUGCGUGGUUGUUGCAUGUUUAAGAUAGACCACAAACGCCUUGGCAAUUGACCUUUGCUGAUAGCGCAAAAUUAGUUGAUAAGAGAAUCUCGAUGUUUUUUUUAGAAUUUUUUUUUUUUUUUGUCAAAGAAACACAAAAAAGCUAUUUGUUUUUUUUUGUGUGUGUUAAAGUGCCUGCAAUCUUGUUAGAAAUUAGAAUGAAAACAAGAAUCUAAUUCCGUCCAAAUAGAGAAUCUCUUGUGAGAAUUCUUUUCUUAAUUUUUUUAUAUUUUUAAACUCUGACAAAUUUAAAGAAAAGAAAAAAAAAUAAAUAACGAUUUAAAUUUAGAUGCUCAAGUGCUCUUUUUGACUUAAGUCUUUUUAUUUUUUAAUUAUUAUAAUGAAUGAGAAUAGGUAAUAUGCAUUUACACGUAUAAUAAUAUAUAUUUUGUACA